AUGCUAAAAUCCAAGCGCGAGAAAAACAGCGAGAUUGAUCGCAAGGAUCGCAUAUCCAUGAUCGAGCGGCAUACUGCUGGCGAAUCUUAUCGCAAAAUUGCUGAGGAACUUGAUGUUUCAAAAAGCGCAGCUCACAAGAUCGUGACCUCCUGGCAAGAGGAUCACAAAAUAGACCCCGCACCACGGUCUGGGGCUCCAAGAAAAUUGUCCUUGAGCGACGAGAGGUACCUGAAGAUUACCUCAAUGCGAGACCCCUAUGCAACAUUGCACGAUAUUACAAGCUCCUUAGACCUUGAUGUCUCUGAACGUACAGUAGGAGACUCCCUACAACGCCAAAACCUGUGA